AUGUUGGCCAAUUUGGAGAACAGUGGCAGUGGUAGUGCAUUGGUGGGUCUCAGCAAGGCAGCACUCACAACGCCAUUUUCAAUAAAUGACAUUUUAACGCGCAAUAAUAGUGGAUUAAAUGCAGCGCAACAACAACAAAUUAGACAGCGCAUUUCCGAUACCGAUGAAAUGGCGCUGAGCGCGGGGGCAGCAGCGGCCACCGAAACGCGGCAAAAUAAAGGGCGCGAAGUGAAAACAGAUUUGAAAAUUUCCGCUUCUUGUUGUCACAUUGCCGCUGCCGAAACCAAUGGCUACAAAUUAGGCGCCACUUUAGAAAAUACCUCCUCGCGUAAUUCCUCGAACAAUCCCAGUCCCAUUUGUGAGAUGCGCGCAGCAGUUGCGAAAUUUUCCGCUCAAACAUCAAUGGAACGUAGAAGCGGCGUCGGUGGUGGUGUCAGUGGCGGAACGCGUGUUGUUAGUAGUGGUAGUGAAAAUACCGAUUAUAUGCCCUACUACCUGGCGACGUUGGACAAUAACAAUCACAGUGAUUAUCAUUUAGCGCGAAAGUUCGGUUAUAUUGGCGCUGGAAAUUUGGUUGGCGGUCGCGAUUGCCCCAUUGACAUGCGACGCUGUAGCAAUAAUGAAUCAGAUUCAGAAUCACCGCCUCCACCAAUGUUGUCGCUUUAUGGUAGCGGCGCCUCGGCUAAUGCCACCUCGAGCGCUUGUGGUGGCAACACAUCGCCCUCACUGCACGAUUCAGAUAGCCUCAAUGGCUCAAUGAGCCGCAAGAAGCGUUCGCGCGCCGCUUUCAGUCACGCACAAGUUUUCGAAUUGGAGCGACGCUUUGCGCAGCAGCGCUACCUCAGCGGUCCCGAACGCGCAGAAAUGGCAAAGAGCUUGCGCUUGACCGAAACGCAAGUGAAGAUUUGGUUCCAAAACCGUCGCUACAAAACGAAGCGCAAGCAAAUUCAGCAGCAUGAAGCGGCGCUUAUGAGUGCUGCCACCAAGCGUGUGCCGGUGCAGGUGCUGGUGCGUGAAGAUGGGAGUGGCGCGGCAGCGGCAGCGGCGGCAGCCGCUUACGCGCACAUGUUGCCGACGCAUGGCAUUGACCCUGCGCUGUUGCACAUCUAUCGUCAUCAGCUACAAAUGGCAUACGGUGUGGGCGUUUCACUGCCUCAAGUACCGUUUCCCUAUUUCUAUACACAAGCAGCGAAAAUGCCCCAACCCAUUCCGCCACCCAGCCAGCCGGCAAAUGUGCAGAUUGCUGGCAACUUUAGUGCACAAGCAGCUGGAAAUUAUAGCAACAGCAACAACAAUAACAACAACUGUAUUGAUACAACGAAAAAUGCAUUGAACUUUGCUAAAAUGGAGCAUGGCAUGCGUUAUAUUCAUUGCUCGUCAGCCUCGUCGUCACCCACUCAUAUGAAUGCCCAUGGCAGCGGAGAUGGCAGUAGUCCAUCGAGAUCGUGUUCCAGCCCGCCACCGCGCGGCAGUGCUGUGGCUGUUAGCGCUGUAUUUACACCAGCAAUGUCAGCGGGUGAAGUUGAAAGCGGCGCCGAGACACAUUCUGCCACUACGGAGGAUUGCGAUGAGAAUGUGGAAAUAGAUUAAGUUCAAGGAGAAAGUAAAGAGAUUUUUGAUGCGAGCGUGGAAUAUCAAAGAGUUACACAAAAAUUAGCAAAUUGCCAUUUUAAUCAAUAACAAAAUUUGUGAUAGUGAAAGUUUUAAUCGGUUUAGUUGUGUAUUUACAUACAAAUAUGCUA